CAAACAGAAGAUAAACAGUGCAGUGGCUCGGCUGCUGAUGUCGAUGUGUAAAUUUAAACGUAUAAAUUCAUAAAUUAUUCGUGGCUGAAUGUAAUCGCAUUUGUACGCACUUAUACUUCACUAAACCCGCAUUAAUAAGGAAAUAUCUAAUGUUCUGCUUACAUCAUGGACAGUGACUUGAGUCCACAAGAUAAAAAAGAUCUGGACAAAUUUAUCAAGUUUUUUGCCCUGAAGACUGUCCAAGUGAUAGUUCAAGCACGAUUAGGGGAGAAAAUAUGCACUCACUCGUCUUCAUCGCCAACAGGGUCAGAUUGGUUUAAUUUAGCCAUCAAAGACAUCCCAGAGGUGACUCAUGAAGCUAAAAAGGCUCUGGCCGGACAGCUCCCCGGCAUCGGGCGGUCCAUGUGUGUGGAGAUUUCUCUAAAAACAUCAGAGGGUGACUCUAUGGAGCUGGAAACGUGGUGUUUAGAAAUGAAUGAAAAAUGUGACAAGGACAUUAAGGUUUCGUACACCGUCUACAAUCGUCUCUCUGUGCUGCUGAAAUCGCUCUUGGCCAUCACCAGAGUCACGCCUGCCUACAAACUGUCCAGAAAACAGGGCCACGACUAUGUUAUAUUGUACAGAAUCUAUUUUGGUGAGGUCCAGCUCAGUGGAUUAGGGGAAGGUUUUCAGACGGUGAGAGUCGGCGUGGUGGGGACGCCGGUCGGCACGGUUACGCUCUCCUGCGCCUAUCGUACAAACCUCGCGUUUAUGUCCAGUCGACAGUUUGAGCGUUCGGCUCCGAUCAUGGGGAUCAUCGUGGAUCAUUUCGUGGACGGUUCGUGUGGACAGAGACCCGUGACCGUGGGGCAGCCGUGCAACUACAGGCCUCCAGACGACGAUGACUCAGGUCCAUUCCCCGGAGUCCAGGAUUCACAGGAAGUCUGCACCACGUCCUUCUCCACCUCUCCCCCCUCACAGUGCGUUUGUACCCUGAGUCCGUCUCCCUCCAAACUGUCUAAGCCCCUCCCCCUGGACAGUCUCCCGCUCCCAUUGGCUCCCGGACUUGUCACUCACAACACUAUGUACAGCUCCAGACUGUGCUGUCAGCCUCCGCUCAUCACAGGCCCAGAGCUGUGCCACCCCAACGCCAACAACCAGGUGAUGCAUGCUGGGAAAGACGGCGGAGUCGUGCUGAUCCCGACACAAACACAAGAGGCUCAUCUGACGGUGGAGCAGGCUCAUAACACCUCCACCAGCAGCGGGGACGAGGAGGGUCUGAGUCACAGCGGAGACAGACGAAGCGUCUCUCCCUCAGAUCCCGUCGAGUCUUUGUCGAAUUUCACCAGAAAAGUCGGAGCUUUCGUCAAUAAACCGAACGCACAGUUGACGGCAGCGAGUCUGGACCUGCCGUUUGCCGCGUUCGCUCCCAGAGGUUUAGACGCCGAAGAGAACGAUCGAAUGGUGCAGCCCCCAGACUCCCCGUCGUGCCCGUCCCCGCUCCAGGGCAGUCUGCACUCACAGGGCUCUGAGGGCUCAGGGCCCCACGACGACUUCGUCAUGGUCGACUUUAGGCCGGCGUUCUCCAAAGACGACCUGCUGCCGAUGGACCUGGGCACGUUCUACAGAGAGUUCCAGAACCCUCCUCAGCUCGCGUCUCUGUCGCUCCACAUCAGCUCUCAGUCUAUGGCCGAUGAUCUGGACUCUUUACCCGAAAAACUCGCCGUCUACGAGAAAAACAUGGACGAGUUUGACGCUUUCGUCGACAUGCUGCAGUAAAUAUAAAAAACGAAGAGAAACGGAAGCUCCCGGAAACUCAGCGCAGAAAUCAAACACUAAAAUCUUCUCGUAGCUCCAUUGUAAAUAUCCAGUCAACUGAAACUAACGCACAAGCCGCUUUUCAUCACGUUUAAGGUCACGGAAGGAUUUAAAUUAAUCUAAAUAAAAACUCUGUCAAUAAACUCUGUAGAACGACGGAAGAUUAUCAGACUGGAGGUUAAAUGUUUGAAUUUUCUCAUUUUCACUGUAAUUAAAACUAAAAUAACGUUCAGUUUUAAUCCGUGUGUCGUUCGUUCAGUCGUUUUUCAAAAUAAAACCAAAAAUAAUAAAAAGAAAAUCAUCCUUUUUUGGUUUUCUUAUUUGUCUCCAAAACAAAAAUGGGGAAAAAAAAUGAUAAUGGUUUGUUUUUUCAGUUUUAAAUUUUGGGUUUUAAUGAAAAAUGGAAAUAACGGAUAAAGGAAUAAACCAGGACUGGACCAGGACUAAACCAGGACUAAACCAGGACUGGACCAGGACUAACACCAGGACUAAACCAGGACUAAAACAGGACU